AUGCCAAUUGACACUGCUACCACUAAAGGGACCCCCACGACGCUCGCCAAAGACUCAUCUGGCCGUAUUCGCGGUGCUGCAUCUGCUGGCACGAGCGGGUACAUGAGCAGCUCCAGCUCUAGCUCCAGGUCAGACGCCAACCUUCGCGGCCAGGUGCAUGCGGCUUUAUCGCGGCUGCUAAACGUGAGUUCGGCUUUCAAGGAUCUGCAGCCAGGGAAGGACACGCACGUGUCGACCCGCGAGGAGACGAUUGCUAUGAUGCGGCACUAUCUGAAGCGUCUACAGCUCGACGACGUGGUGGACAGCAGCUCUCCACGAGCGCUCUCGGUCGUGCACGUCGCUGGUACGAAAGGCAAAGGCUCGACGUGCGCCAUGGUGGAACGGAUCUUGCGUCAAGCAGGCUAUAAGACGGGUCUGUUUACGUCACCCCAUCUCGUGUCGCCCUGCGAACGGUUUCGCAUCAAUGGCAAACCCAUUGCAGACGACGUGUUCUUACGGCAUUUUAAUGCCGUGUGGGACGGACUAGAGCGCACACAGGACAAGAGCUCACCCUUUCCGCCGAUGGCCUGGUUCUUUCGCUUUCUUACGCUCAUGGCAUUGCGUGUCUUUGCUGACGAGAAGGUGGAUGUGGUGGUUUUGGAAGUGGGACUGGGCGGACGCUUGGAUGCUACCAACGUGUUUCGCGAGCCAGUUGUGUGUGGUAUCUCGACACUUGACCUUGAUCACACCGGCGUUUUGGGCGAGACACUGGACCUGAUUGCCUAUGCUAAAGCCGGGAUACUGAAGCCGGGCGUGCCGGCCUUCACAACGGCACAGGAGCCGAUCGCGAUGGAGAUGCUGACGAAAUGUGCCUUGGAGACUAAUACCUCACUAGUGUGUGUACCAACUCUCGAUGGCUAUGGACCCGAAGGAGCGCAUUGCAACCUUGGAUUGUGUGGAGAUUUUCAGCGUACAAAUGCAGGACUUGCCGUUGCUUUGGCUACUACAUGGCUACGUAAAAAGCGUGGUGCAGAUGCGAAUGAUCAGAUAGACUUCGCGAAGGCCCUUGAGCCAGUUGUGAAAGAGGGACUUGAGUGCGCAUUCUGGCCUGGCCGAGCGCAGGUGUGGGAGGACAAAGCGCACAAGACGCAUUUUUACAUUGAUGGUGCGCACACGUUGCGCAGCCUCGAGUGCUGUGCGGACUGGUUUCGUCAAGCCACAGUUCGAACAGCCUUGGAUGAAAGGCUUGUGCUUAUAUUUACAAUUCACCACGAACGCAAUGUGGCAAAGUUGUUUGAGCCGCUGAUGCAGCAACGCUUUGAUUACGUCUUCUUUGCUCCUACAAGCUCGAUCCGCCCGAGCCUGGCUAAGAAACAUACAUUUUCCACAGCACUGCAGUAUGCCGGUUUUCAUGAUCUAUUGGCUACGUAUUCAAUGGGGGAGCUCGCGGCUCUAGAUGACGUAAGUAGUGAAGUGCACCCGUGGCAAACGACGCUCUCGCGUAUUUGGGUUGCCUUGAAGACUCGUGUUAUGAAAGAAGAACAAAACGAAUGCGUUGUUGCUGUCAAGAACUCAGUUGUGGACUGCAUGAAUGAGCUGUGGGCAUCCUCUGAGUAUGCAGAUGCUGCACUAACUGAAGAAGAAGCUGGAGAGCGUGAGCAGCGCAACAAAGCCUGGAGCGUGCUGGUGACUGGCUCAUUGUACCUCGGCGGUGAAUUGCUGAACUUCCUGGGCUGGCAAGAAUGA